AUGGCGACCACCACCACCACCAACUCGACGCUCUUCGCCCCCCCCUUUGGCCCGCUCAACGCCGUCCGCGAGCACGUCGUCCGCAAUGCCGCGCCGCUCAACCCCCUCCGCUUCCUCUUCUUCUUCGUCGCACCCUGCGUCAUAAUAUACUACCAGGCGCUGCUGCUCGUCUCCCCGGGCGCGAGGAAGAACCGGGGCAAACGCGCCGCGCUCGGCGUGCUCGGCCUCGCGGUCAUGCUGAACUCGUGGACCAACUACCGCUUUGUUUCACCAGAGCUCAACGCGUUCAACAACGGCUUCACCAUCGUCUUCCUGCACCUCGCGCUCAAGUUCAUCGAGUUUGGCCUCCUCACCAACCGCGUCCACGACCCGUACAUGGCGCUGGGGCGAUCGCGGCACGUCGCCGCGGUCGAUCUGUGUAUCAACUCGCGGAUGGUCUCUCUCGGCUCGGUGGGGCUCGACACGGUCGCUGGCCCACCGAACGCCAGCUUGCCAAAGCACCCCCAUGUUGAGCGGCACCUCCGUCACAAGCGGCGCAGGCGGCACCCCCGUCCCACUACUCGUUGGGGCAGUGUAUCCCGGCACGCACGGCACGCAUUCGUGCACUAUGUUGUGCUCGACACGCUUCUCGCCCUCCUUUCCCUCGUUGGCCCCGACACGCUCGGCGCGCCGCGAGGCACGCGGAACGUGCUCGACAAGUUCAUCGCCUCGACCAAAAUCACAGUUCUGCCUGGCAUCCUUGACUGGGUGCUUCCCGCCGGGGGUGUGCGUUUCUUUACCGAAGUCUGCGUGCCCCUUGUUAUUUGGCAGUCGCUGAGCUGUGGCUACCAUUCUCUAGCCAUGGCGUGUGUUGGCUCUGGAUUUUGGGAGGUGCAGAGCUGGGACGUGGAUCUGUUCGACGCACCGUGGCGCGCCGACAGCAUCAUCGACCUCUGGGGCAAGCGCUGGCACCAGAUGUUCCGACACCAGUUUAUUAUCCUUUCGGUGACUGUGACACGCGCACUGGGCGUCAAGAUUGGCUCGCACGCCCUCUUCCUGCUCACGUUUGUCUUCUCUGGGCUACUGCACGCCUUUGGCGAGCUCAGUAUGGACCCCUUGCCCGAGCCGUGGAAGCUUGGCACGUUCUUCGUCCUCGCAGGGCUGGGGUGCGCCAUCGAGGUGUCGUUCAAGCGCGCCACCGGCCACCGCGUCAAAGGAUUCCUUGGGAGAAUCUGGACCUGGACGUUCAUGUACUUUGCGGGAGGGCUGGCCACCAACGCGUGGCUCGACGGCGGUAUCGCGGGCUGUACCCUUCUCCCCAGCGGUGGCGUGGGUUCCUACACGGCCCCUCUGGUGCUCUCCAGGCUAUGCUUGGUUGAGCGCAUCUAA